CGAAACGCGUGGGACGACAGUGGAGUUUCCAUCAGUGAAUUGUACAUGUGUUGGAAUAUAGCUUAGUUUUCUACAAGGAGCGGCGAUCUCAUGAGUGAAUUUGCAAUAAAAGCUGAAGGCAAAGGGCUAGAGAAUGAGGAAGACAAACCUGAAGAACGGGAGGAGAUGAAGCUUAAGAAAAAGAAGAGGAAAUCAAAAAGGGAAGACCAAAUAUCCGAAAUGAAAGCUGAAGGUGAAGUUUCAAAGAAGGAAUCAAAACACCAUGUAAAGGAAGAUCAAGUAGAAGAAAGGGAAGAUGGACAAAAAAAGAAAAAGAAGAAGAAAUCAAAAGAGGAUGGGGGAAUCUCUGAAACAAAAGCUGAAAGAGAAGGCUCAAAGACAGAGUCGAAUUGCAAUGUAGAGGAAGGUAAAGGAGAAGAAAUGGAUGAGAGAAAACAUAAGGAAAAGAAGAAAAAAUCAAAAGAGAAGGAAAAAGCCUACGAGACCAAAGCUGCGAUAGAAGUCUCAAAUAAGGUGUCGAAACUCAGUGGAGGUGGAGGUAAACGUGAUGAAAAGGAAGGGAGAAACCUUGAGAGAAAGAUGAAGAAAUUAAAAGGGGAAAAUGAAAUCUCUGAGAAAACAGCGGAAAGCAAAGUCUCAAAUGAGGAGUCUAAACACUCAAAAGAUGAAGAUAAAGUUGAUGAAAGGGAAGAGAAACAAAACAAGAAGACGACGAAAAAAUUAAAGGAGAGAGAGGGAGUCUUCGAAACAAAAGCUGAAAGCGAAGGCUCAAAGUCAGAGUCGAAGAGCAACUUAGAGGACGAUAAUUAUGAAGAAAGGAAAGAGACAAAACCAAAGGAAAAGAAAAGCAAAACGGCGUCUAAAGGAGACGGGAAAAUCGUCGAAGUUGAAAGUGAAGUCUCCAAUACAGAGUCAAAACACAAUAAAGAGGAUGAUAAACCUGAUGAAAAGGAAAAGAGAAACCAUGAAAGAAAGAAGAGGAAAUCUAAGGGAGAAGACGAAAUCUCUGAUACAAAAGUUGAAAGCAAAGUCUCAAAUGAGGAGUCAAAACAUCAUUUGAAUAGGGAAGAUAAAGCUGGAGAAAGGGAAGAAGGAAAAAACAACAAAAAGAAGAAGAAGCAAUCAAAAGAGAAAGCCGAGGGAAUUUCCGAAACAAAAGCUGCAAGUGAAGGCUCAAAAACAGUGUCGAAACUCAACACAGAGGAAGAUAACGUCGAGGAAGAAAUGAAAAAAGCAAAGCGAAAAAAGGAGAAAAUGAAAGCGGGGGAUAUGGAGCCCGAAAAGGAAGGAUCAAAACCGGACGCUGAAGAGGUAGAUGUCGAGAAAAAGUCGAAACGCGAUCGAAAGAAAAAGAAGAAUGAAAACGAAACCAAAGAAACUUUGGACGUCGAGGACGUGGAUGAGAAGUCUACAUACGGUACGAAGAAAAGGACGAUUGAUGAUGUUGAAGUUAAGGAGGGAGGACACAAGGCUAAGAAAAAGAAGGCUGAGAAAGAAGAAAGAGAACAAGACUGUAAAACUAAAGUGGAAGGAAAGACCAAACGGAACCAUACGGACAAGGAAACUGUCGGACAAGAAUUCGAUGUAGAGGAAAAGAAAACGAAAAAGAAAAAGACCACACGUGAGGAAAAAGAUGACCCCUCUGAAACUAACCAAGGAAACGAGAAAGAGAUUGCAAAAUCAGAUGAAAAAUCUUCAUCUGAGUUCGGCCAGUGGGGUGGGACUGAGUUUGGUAGCAACGAACGGAAGGACAAAUUUCUACGCUUGAUGGGCGCCUACAAGAAUAAACCUACUAAGGAGUCAUCUGGAACUAUUGUGGGCUCAAAAUCUAGUCGCCAUUGUAUGACUAAAGCCACAGAAGAUUCGCUUACCAAGGGACUGGAACAGCAGUACGAGUCUGCCAUGAAUUUCAGCAGGAAUCGGAGGGGUCUGGGGCUUGGCUAUAACCCGGAUGAGGACCCAAGCAACAAAUUAUUCUACAUUGAUAAAACCGCUUCUAAAUCAGCCAAGUUAAGUUAGUGUGGCUUUGACAAAGAUAAUUUCAGGGAUGGAAGUUUAUCACUUAAGAAUAAAAUAUCAUUUUCGUAGACACGAACGAUAUCCAAACUCUUGUUCAAAUUAAACACUAUGUACCAGCUAAAUCGUUGACUUUACUCUGCAAAUUUAGUCGCCAAAGUAUUUUUUUCUGGUCACUGUGGCGACCACAGCUUGGAGCGAUACACAUUUUCGCCGUCCGUAAGGUCCGCAACUCAAUAUACUUUCUAUGCGUACCCGAGCGAAUUGCCGUUGCCAUCA